AUGGUUAGCUUACAACAAGGCACUAUAACUUUGCAACCUAGUGUGCCCAUUGCCCAAUUGAUACUACUUCCCCGUUUAGACACAGAUAAUCCAUCAUUGAAAGCUAAGCGAGGAUCUAAAGGCUUUGGGUCAACUGAUGCCUAUUGGUUACAAAAGAUUACAAAAGAUAAACCCCUAUUAACUCUGUCUAUCAAUGGUAAGAUUUUCCAGGGACUCAUAGACACGGGGGCCGAUGUCUCUGUAUUGACUCAGAAACAAUGGCCUUCCUCCUGGCCCUUGCAGGACGCCAUCACCCCUAUAAGGGGAGUAGGAUUGGCCUCAGCACCCAAGAUAAGCUCCAAUCAUCUUAUUUGGAAAUCUGAUGAUGGUCUGUCGGGAACUUUCCAACCUUUUGUUCUUGACAUAGAUCUCAACCUGUGGGGGCGAGAUAUACUCUCAGAAAUGGGGCUAACCUUGGAAACUGCCAACGUCCCACAGGUGUUCCAAAAUCAGGUUGUGAAAAAUAUUAUGUGUAACAUGGGCUACGAACCAGGAAAAGGGCUUGGCAAGGGGCUUCAAGGUAACAUUGAGCUUCUUUGCUAUGUCCCCAAAUAUGAUAGAACGGGCCUGGGUUUUUCCCAGGGUCAUUGA